AUGAUCAACUAUAAACCAAAUCAAGAUCAAAGCUUGGCAGAUGCAUUGCACGUGCUGUGGGAGAAACAAAUUGAUGGAGUUGCAGUGCUCGAUCGAAAAACUGGAACCCUGCUGGGGUGUGUGAGGUGCAGUGAUGUUUAUCUUCUUCUGGAGGAUGAGUCCAUAUUCAACAAUAGGAAGUGCCUCACCAUUGAUGAAUUCAUCAAAAAAUCCAACACUGCAAGAAGCGAUGCGGGCACCGAUUCAUCAGCAGAGAAAACACGUGCUUCCAUUGGGGCUCUCUGCCUAAAGAAUGAGUUCCUUCCUCAAAUAGGCACCCCGACAACCAACCGGAAGACUGACACCCUCAAACAAGCCAUGGAGCAUCUGGUGGCAUCUGGGAGUGAUUGCACUUUCAUAGUCAAUCAAUCAGGACAGCUUGAGGGUGUCGUCAUGCUCAGAGACAUCAUCUCAGAGUUCUCUCCACCAUGCAUGGAUUCAAGAAUUGAUGGGGGUGGAUUCUUCAAAUCAGCUCUAGCGCAGGCUGGGUGCCAUGUGGAGGAUGGAAUGAUGAUCCGAGAGCAUUAA